AACCAGUGAAAGGGGAUUAGAAAUAUAUUUAUAUACUGACCAAAACUAUAUAUACGAGCAUCUUGAGGAAUUUAUCUUGAAUGCAACAGGACAGAAAAUGCCGUUCAAUAAUAAAAAGUUUCAAAGACAAGUGUCGGAAAUUUUCAUUCACAUAUCAGGGAAGGGACACCAGCAACUUAACACUGAAAAGUCGAGCUUAACUUCAUGUUCUUCAGAAAUUAAAGAAACAAAAAUAUUUGGACACUACACAAAGAAUAAAAUCAAGCGGCCACGAUGUCUUCUACGUCUAUCGUUAGUUCCAUUUAAACAAAUGACCAAAGAAAAUAUCGAGAUACGACAACUUGUUCAACGAGGAUUCGUCCUAAUCAUGUCCAUCUGUCAAUUGAAAUAUGCUGAUACAUUCCAAACUGAGAGUUGGUAUUUUCUGAAUGGAAGUGUUCUAUAUUGCUCAUUGUAUAUUUGUCUCCAUAAAAUUGAUGCUAUAUUUCCAGAAACGGACGUUUUCAUAUUUUUGCGUCGGAUUUAUUAUGCACUUGAAUAUAUCCAUCAAAAUGGUUUUAUACACGGAAAUAUAACAUCACAUGCUAUUCAGAUUAUGGAUACUUACAGUGUGAAGCUAAGUUAUUUUGAGUACGUGCACGUUAAGGAAAAGGCAGUCAAGUGGACCACUGGUGAUUCGUGGAGGUGGAUGUCACCAGAGACUCUACUAAGAAAGCAGUCAAGUUUAAAAUCUGAUGUUUUUAGUUUUUGUUGUGUGUGUUUAGAAUAUUUUAGUAAUUGUCUUCCAUGGGACAAACGUUCACAGCUUUUUGUGAAGAAACAUUACAUCAACGGCAAUAGUUUCCCACAAGAAAAGUUUUCUGUCCCAACUGAAAUUAAAGAAUGCUUUAGCAACGGUCUGGCAACUAAAAAGCAUCAAAGAAAAUUCAAUAUUCAUCAGUUAGAAACGGUCAUGAAAUCGAGAGCGAAUCGUACAUUUGAAGCUAAUAUGAACAAUGUUCAAAUAAAAUUGAACUAUCCUAAUGUUUUGAAAUCGAGAUACUCAAACCAAGUCGAAUUAACCCGGCAACAAUUAAAAUUAAUGAAGACCCCUUCGAAAAGCAUUCAUACUAAGAAUUUUGCAAUUUUGAAUAGGAAGUCAUGCGAUGGUAAUACAUCUAACAAUAGUAACAAAACUGGUUUUAAUCGUAUUCAAACCGAUUCAGUAAAAUUUCUAAUCAAGUAUUUUGAAAAUCGUUCAAUUCCAAAUACUAACUCCACGUAUUUUAAUUCGAAGAACUUGCGUCGAAGAACCCUUAGCUCGUGUAACCAUUCCGCCACUAUGAAUUCUCCAGAAAAUCUUCAAGUAAGUAAAGCGACUUUAAUCAUGGAAAGUCCAAGUGAUAAUGUAUAUAUUAGCAACAGAACAAACCAGAAAACUCCAUCACAAAACUUGACUAGUUUAGAAGAGUUGCAGACACCUAAAAAUACUUUACCAGGAAUCCUGAAUGCCAAAAUUAGUCAUUCAGAUAUCGUAGAUCAAGCGAUAAGAAUCAAUAACCUCGUAUAUUUGCGCCGGCAAAGUUGUGUGUCUCAAAAAUUAACUUUUAAGAAUUCUUCUCCAGAAAACUCACUGUUUUCGGAAUAUUCUGCAACAGACUGUAACUUUGUGACAGCAUCAACGGAACAUUUUGAUAUUGAGAGAGGUUUCCUUGGAAACCAAAUGUCGACUGACUCAUCUAUUAGACGCAAGAGUUUCCCAAUUUAUAGUUCUACAUCUAAAACGCACUACCCCAGACUAAAUCAAGAUUAUAAUCGAAAUUUGAACUUUAAAUUUUCUCAUUCAUUUGCCAAAAUCAGUCCUGAACAAAGGCCAGAAACCAGUAAAAUACAGAAAACAGAAACUAACCAAAAGACUUGUGCAGUCAAAAAUUAUGUAAAAUCACAAGUGAAUAGAUGGGAGAGCUCUCCUCGUGAACAUUCAAUUAAAUCGCAAGGAAUUAAUUUGAAAUCUAACUUUAACUAUGCGAGAGAUAAAGAUAUUCACUUAAAAAUUGACGGGUGGGAAAACAAAACGAAAAUCUAAGCAAAUGUAUUAGUGGUGAAUCUUGUAAAAUUUGUAAAAUAUUUUUUUUAUCUUCCGACCCAUUGUUUUGUUCAAUAACAUUUUAUUACUAUGCGGCACUCGUAAGUUCCUCAUUUUGUCAAUUUAGCGUCGUUGUAAUAGCACAAAGCUCUUAAGUACAAUCUGUUUUAGAAAUAAAUUAGUUUAAUCUAUGAAAUAUUUUGAUACAAAUGUUUAUAUUUGACAUAAAUUCAUGUUUUAACUUGUAACCUGCAAUAGUUACUGAGGAAUUUUCUUAUAGUUGAAUGAAGAUAAAGCAAUUCUUGCAAUUCAUUUGUCAUUGAUAACGACUAUAUUUAAUUUUAAUUGAAAACUUGGCAUAAUUAUUUAUAUAUUUAUUUUUUUUUUUUGCCGAAUGUUUUUUUCUUGUACAAAAAUACUGCUAUGUUUUUAUUGUCUUUGAAAGAUCUUAACUUUUUUUUUUUCAUGUUUAUGAAGUUGAAUUUUUAUCAACAAUUUUAAUUUGCUAUUGGAACUAAAUAGUAAUUGUAAUGAGGUGAGCAUCAAAUGAAAGGGAAAUGAAUAGUAAUUUAAGGAACUAUUCCGACACCACUUCGAUACAGCGAAGAUUUCCUCUACAUCCUUCUGUGUAAAUAUGUUUGAGCAAAAUUGUGUGUGGAUCAAUAACUCCGUAUUGGAUGAUUGGUAUAAUCGAUCCGUUUUGAUAGAAUGUUAUGUUAUACUUGUGUUUGCUGUUUAUACUAGUUAGUAUAUUACAGUACUCCGCAACCUUUUUCCCUUGUGGAACACUUGAACUAACAUAACGAAGAGUAUAAGGAAAAAAAUUAUAUUCAGGUUACACUGCAGCACGCCUGAUAUGGUCUCGUGCAUACCGGUUGCGGAGCACUGACUACGUUAGCUUCAGGCUAAGUUUAUUGUGCAUUUAGCUGCAGUCGAUUGAUGAUCAUAGAUAAAACUUUAGUCAAAUAAAAGAUUUACGCGCAACCUACAUCUUGGUGGGGUCCCAGUUCGCAGGGAU